CCUAUAUUUACUGCCAUUUAAAUUGCAUUUGAUUUGUAUUGCGUCUCAAAACGUAUGGAAAUCGCUAUGAAUUGAUUGCAAAAACUCAAACCACUAAUGAUUUGAUGCAUUCAAUGAUUAAAUAGUGUUUGAAUUGAUUGUAAUAAUAAUGAGAAUAUCUGCCGAUUGUAUAGACGCCGAGUGCGAGACCACCGCCAGAGCGGCAGCGGAUCAGUUGAGUGACACACUGUUGACGAUGUCGUUGUCGGACAACAGACCCAAUGAUGACAUUCGUGUCAUCUAUAAAGUGAAGUACUCGUCAAACGAGCCGUACGUCAGCCUUCAGGUCAUUCCGUUGGCCACCAAAGGCACCGCUGAUGGCGGCGAAGGGUAUCCAUCGCAUUGGCAUGAAGUCAAACAGCAGGUCUUGGAUCUCAACUUCAAGGACAAGACAACAGCGCCCAAGAAUGUGGUGUUUAUGGGACGGGUUGUGUCCGCUGGCUAUGAGGCGCCGCUCGUCAACGACGACGAGUAUUUGACUGCUCUUAAAGUGAGUCCUCUUUCU